UCUUCUCACCGACCACAGCUCAGCGAUACUCCGCCUCUCUUUUUCUACUUCAGCGACGACCACCUACUUACCUACAUUAUUCUACCUUUUCUUACCUCUCUGGAGUGCUGGACCGCACCAGACUGAUACCUCUACAAUAAAAGAACGCACACGAUAUUCAGCAAGAUGUCUCGCGAUAGGCUAGCAGCGAUGCGUGCCCAGCAAGGAGGGUACAACAACCUCGACACGCCUCGUAACCCCUACGACCAGCGGGACGACACUGCAUAUGGACAGAACUAUAGCCAGCAGAGCCAGGGCAGGUUCGAGAUGUCCUCUUUGGCCCCGUCGGACAGGGCUCCGCUGGCGAGCAACGUGAGUGGGGAGGAUAUGACCACGUUUUAUGCCGAGAUCUCCUCCCUGCAAGAUUCGAUCCGCACGAUGGAGAACAACGUUACCCGGAUAUCGGACUUGCACAACCGCUCCCUGAACAACAUGGACGAAGCUGCCUCGGCGCGCAACACGCGGGAUCUGAACACGCUCAUGAGCGAGACGACGAGCCUGACUAGUGAGCUCAAGAAGAGGAUCAAGAAGCAGGAAGGGGAGGCCGGGCGGUCGGGUAACGCCAUGGUCCGUCGGCAGCAGAUCGCAGCGACGAAAGCCAAGUUCAUCGAGGUGAUCCAGAACUACCAAGCUGUGGAACAACAGUUCCGGGGCAAGUACAAGCAGCGUAUGGAGCGCCAGUUCCGGAUCGUCAAGCCUGAAGCGACGCCCGAGGAAGUGCGCGCCGUGGUGGACAACGACCAGGGGGACCAGAUCUUCGCCCAGGCGUUGAUGAGCUCCAACAGGCUUGGAGAGAGCAGAGCGGCGUACCGCGAGGUGCAGGAGAGGCACGAGGAUGUCAAGCGGAUCGAGAAGACAUUGACUGAGCUCGCGCAGUUGUUCAACGACAUGAGUGUCAUGGUCGAAGAGCAGGAUGAGAGCAUCAACGUCAUCCAAAGUCAUGCGUACUCGACAGAGAAGGACAUGGAGAUCGGGCUGCAGCAGACGGAGAAGGCGGUGGUCAGUGCCCGUUCGGCGAGGAAGAAGCGCUGGAUAUGUUUCGCCAUCAUCGUCGUUAUCCUCAUUGUUGUCGCCAUUAUCGUGGUUAUCGAAGUUAAGCAGAACCAGAAGUAAUACGCGCCGUGGUAUUCCCUUUCCUCUGCGAUGAGCUGACUGCGCUGGAGGCGUUACUGCCCGUUGAAUUCCUGCUUGAGAUUGAACGUAUGUACAAACCAGAUCGAAUUCCCUCUUUUCUCUUGUCCUAUUAUUUUUCUUGUUCUUGUCAAUGCAUGCAUGGACUCCACCUUUGCCUCUCUCUGUCCC